AUGUUCCAUUGGGUCGAGGCCUUCAACAUGGACGGCUCGCGUCGAGAGAACCACUUCAUCAUCGCUCAUCCCUCACAUCUCAAACGCAAGACCAAGACCAACAAUCGAGGAACCUCAAUGCUCAUUCCAAGUCCCUUAGGACCGGAAACCACAACUUACGAGUCCCCAUACCAGCAUUACGACCAACACCAAGACCAACGCUCAACAGCCUCCCCAUCAGCUUCACCACCCCAGAGCUCCAUCUCCUCCACACCUACACCAACCAAACCAGCCAAUCAAUCCUCGCACCAGACAUGA